AUGUCAGGCCUCUACCGCCUCGCCGGCUACAACGCCAAGAGGUUAUGCCUGCGCCCGGCAGCAGCUACCACCCUCGCCGCCCGCCCCUUCUCGACAACCCGCCUGCGCCGAUACGCCGAUGCUUCUACCGAAUACCAGGGCACGAGACUCACUCCAACCUCUGCCGACUUCUCUCGCGCCGAGGACCACUACAGUCUGACGCCGCCGAAGGACCAGGAUGUCUUCUCCAAGCCUGAGGAGUCUGUCGAGGACCGAAAGAUCCGCCACUACACUGUCAACUUUGGUCCCCAGCACCCUGCUGCUCACGGCGUGUUGCGUCUGAUUCUCGAGCUCAAUGGUGAGGAGAUCAUCAGAGCCGAUCCUCACGUUGGUCUGCUUCACCGCGGUACCGAGAAGCUUUGCGAGUACAAGACCUACCUCCAGGCCUUGCCCUACUUCGACCGUCUUGACUACGUCUCCAUGAUGACCAACGAGCAGUGUUUCGCCCUGGCUGUCGAGAAGCUUCUCAAUAUCGAGAUCCCCGAUCGCGCGAAGUGGAUCCGUACUCUCUUUGGUGAAAUCACCCGUAUCCUAAACCACCUUAUGUCUGUUUUGUCGCACGCCAUGGACGUCGGUGCCCUGACGCCGUUCUUAUGGGGAUUCGAGGAGCGUGAGAAGCUCAUGGAAUUCUACGAGCGUGUCUCUGGUGCCCGUCUCCACGCCGCUUACGUCCGCCCCGGUGGCGUCCACCAGGAUAUUCCCGUUGGUCUGCUCGACGACAUCUACCAGUGGGCUACUCAGUUCGGUGACCGUAUCGACGAGACCGAGGAGAUGCUCACGGACAACCGUAUCUGGAUUCAGCGUCUUCAGGGCAUCGGUGUGGUGUCUGCCGCUGAGGCUCUGAACUUGUCUUUCACUGGUGUCAUGCUUCGUGGUUCCGGUGUCCCUUGGGAUAUCCGCAAGAGCCAGCCUUACGACGCCUAUGAUCAGGUUGAGUUUGACGUCCCUGUCGGUGUCCGCGGUGACUGCUACGACCGAUACUUGUGCCGCAUGGAGGAGUUCAGACAGUCUCUGCGUAUCAUCCACCAGUGCCUUAACAAGAUGCCUGCUGGCCCCGUCCGCGUUGAGGACUACAAGAUCUCUCCUCCUCCCCGUGCCGCCAUGAAGGAGAACAUGGAGGCUCUUAUCCACCACUUCCUCCUCUACACCAAGGGUUACGCUGUCCCCCCUGGUGAGACCUACUCUGCCAUCGAGGCCCCCAAGGGGGAGAUGGGCGUCUUCGUUGUCAGUGAUGGCAGCGAGAGACCCUACCGUGUUCACAUCAGGGCACCUGGUUUCGCUCACUUGGGCGGUUUCGACCACGUGUCGAAGGGGCACAUGCUUGCUGACGCUGUGGCGGUCAUUGGCACGAUGGACCUGGUGUUCGGCGAGGUUGACCGGUAA